GGUCUGUCUCAUGCAUUGGAUUUAUGAGUUGGAUGAAAUAUGUCCCAAAUAAUAUGUCCCAGAUAGUGGGAACUACCACUCCAAAGAAGAAGGCAGAGUUAGAGUUGGGAAGAUCCAGAAAAGAUGCUACCACCUUCACCCAGUAUGAGUUCAGCCUGUCCAAUUGCAAUGUGAGAUACUGAUCCCAGUUACAGAGUGUUUGGGUUUCAGUUACUGCAGCUAAAGUUGGUGCCCCAGCUAGAGAGUCUCGGAGCAGCACAGAAAUUAAAUAAAACUACUGAAUCUAAGGCUGAAGAAGCUUCUUGAAACGUCUUAAGAGAAAGUCAAGUUGCCUCUUGAAAAAGACUUUUGAGGCAAUCAUGACGUGGGUGACCGAAAAUCUCCAUAGACAUUUAUUGAUUCUAAACGGAGCAAUUACUUUUUCACACUAACAUACUAUGUGCCGCAUGACUUGACUUUGUUUACACCGAACUAAAACGAGCACUUAAAGAUGGUAUUCGUGUAUUGCAGACCCUCUUUAUGUAGAUCUCUAACAUUCAUCGGACAAAGAUCCGCAAAACGUCAGAAAAUUCCCCACGGGGGGAAUUUCACAACCUUGCACGUUGCCACUCACUUCCUAGGAAUGGAGACCGCCGGACUCAAGGCUACCUACAUUUGAGGCGGCAUCUGCAAUGCAAGUAGCCUUCAAAGCGCCCCAGCCGUCUCUUCUCAGGGCUCCGGAUCUCUGGCAUUUCUCCGGUAGGGAAAGCGAGCGCCUAGAGCUGGCGAGCCUAAAGGGGAAAGGCGGCUGAAGGCAGCCAAGAGAGACGCCUUCCCGCUCGGCGCUUCCACCUCCUUUCUCCCCCUGCCGAGACAAAACGGCCCAUCAAGCCAAACCUCCCACGCCGCUUUCUCGCCCCUGCAGGAGGACCAGGCAGGCCGGAGCGCGGCCGUCCGCGAAUGGGCGAGCGAAGGACACGGUUGCGUUGAGGUGAGGCGGGGAAAACGCAGAAAAAUGAAAUUCAGCCAAAAUUUGAGUAAAUAAUUAUGGGCCCAGAUGUGCCUCUAUUGAAUGACCACAAGCAAGAAUUCCUAUUAAAGCGAUUUCCACAGAGCAUUUUGGGUGGCCCUCAAUUUAAAUUAGGAUACUGUGCACCUUCUUACAUCUAUUUGAAUCAGAUUCUUCUCUUCUUGAUACCAUGGAUUCUAGGUGGAAUUGGAACGCUUAUGUAUCAGUUAAAUGUUCUGCAAGACUAUGGCACAGCUGCACUUUCUGGAGGACUAAUGCUUGUUGCAGCUAUUAUUGUUCAAGGAAUAAACUUGUAUGCCAGGCAAAAGACUGCACCUGUAGAAAGAAUGCAUGUCCACAAUAUAUUAACAGAGGAAGAUGAGUGGGAGUUUUCUAGCUGUAUAGGUUUAGAGACAAUCAAAUUUAUUAUCCCAGGCAAAAAAUAUAUAAUUAAUGUGUUUUUUCACUCACUUGUUGCUGGAGUACUAUGUGGUUUAGGAACUUGGUAUUUGCUGCCCAGUAGAAUUGCCUCUUUAUAUGGAGAUAAUAUUGGAACAACUGUGGUGAUCUUCGUAUUUGGAUGGUUGACAGUGUGCAUUGGAGAAUAUUCCUUAAUUGUUAAUACUGCUUCAGAGACAGCUACUUAUCAAGCACUGGACACUUAUGAAAUUGUUCCUCUUAUGAGACCAUUCUACAUUUUUGUCUUCAUAGCAGUGGAUCUUGCUCACAGAUUUGUUGCUGAUGCUGCAGCUUUAAAGUUGGUCAAUCAGGUUAUGCACAUCGUAUUUUUGUCGUUGCCACUUUUAUGGACUUUGGGGAUUCUGCCUCCAUUGGAUGCACUUUUUCUCUGGGGAAUGGAACAAGUGCUGGAACUUGGGCUAGGGGGCUCACCUAUGUCAAAUAAUGUAAGACUGCUAGCAAUGUUUAUCAUUUCUUUGGGAACAGCUGUUGCAUCUUACUUCAUCCCUAACACGCUUGGUGUGGUUCUGUUCAUGACCGGAUGUGGAUUUAUACUAAGUCUUAAUCUAAAUGAGAUUGGAUUAACCCUCAAAUACACUAUGAUCAGCUGUUUAGCUUCCAGCAAAUUUAAAAGCACGUCUUCCUGCAGAACACAAUUUGUAUGGAAGGAAUUAAUGUUCUAUUUCAUUGUACUGACUUUUGCUCUUCUGGAAGCUGGCUUAUUGCACUUCUUCCUUGGUUUUCAGACAUUUUCCAAGACUAGCCUACAAGGUGUUAUUAGUUACAUAUUGAUAGUAUUGCUUCUUGCUCAAUGGAUUCUCAGAGAGGUUCAAACAGUAUAUUUGUUUGGAUUGUUUCGAAAUCCCUUUUAUCCAAAAGACCUAAUGACAACGAAUGUGUCCGGAAGGAAGGAAAAGAACCUUAAGAAAAUUGGUAUGUUAAGGAAGAUUUUACUCACUUUAGUGUCACCGUUUGCUAUGAUAGCAUUUCUUUCCAUAGACAAUUCUCUACAUCAACUUUCAUCCAUAUAUAUUUCCAUUGGAUUUUCAAGAAGCUUUAGAAUGGUGUGGCAAGAUACAGAGCAUGCUCUGUUGGAUAUGGUGGUAGUGUCUGCAGUGCAGUUGCUGGUGUUCACUACUGAUCUCUGGUGGAACAAAAGCAUUGAUACAGGAAUUAGACUCCUGCUGGUUGGAAUUAUUCGGACUCGGCUGUUUCAAUUUGUUUCAAAAUUGCAAUUUGCCAUUACUGUUCUCUUGACAUCGUGGACAGAAAAGAAACAGCGACGGAAAUCCACAGCUACUUUGAUUACACUGAACAUUGCUUUCUUUCCAAUUGUAUUGGCCAUCAUAGUGCUCUCUUCAUUGCUUUCUUCUCCCUUGCUAUCACUUUUUAGUCUCCCAAUAUUUUUGAUAGGCUUUCCAAGACCAGUCCGAAGCUGGCCAGGACCUGUGGGCAUGAUGACCUGUGUAGGUCCUGAUGCUGUAUAUUAUCAACAGAUGAUUCCAAGUUUAAGGACUGCAUUGCAAUCAGCAUUCUCAACAGGCAGGUUAGGUUUCUGUUCACCUGGAUCCCACUAUCUGUGCCGAUUUCAAGACAGGUUAAUAUGGAUCCUUGUUUUAGAAAGAGGCUAUACUUACUGUUGUCUCAAUAUCAAGGGUUUAGAAUUGCAGGAAACCUCCUGUCAUACUGCUGAAGCUCACAGAGUUGAUGAUAUUUUUGCGAUGGCCUUUGAACAUCAGGAACAUAAUAAGAUGUUCUCCCUCAACCCUCAUUUUGGAAAUAUUUUAACACCUUGUGCUGCUCUUCCUGUAAAACUCUACUCAGAUGCCAGAAAUACCUUAUCUGGAAUAAUUGAUUCUCCUGAAAAUCGGAAGCAGUUCAAAGAAGACUUCAUAAAAGUACUCUUAUGGAUGUUAAUCCAGUACUGCUAUAAGAAAUCAAAAACACCUAGACCUCUUGAAAAAAUGUGUAAACCGCAACAGGAGUAUUCUUCAGCAGGACCAUCUGAAGUUUUAAAUAAGACAAUAGAAAGAUCAGAUUCAUGGAAAGAUGAAGAUGGACUCAGUAUGGAAUCUACAGAAGACUGGACUGAUGAUAGCAAUCUCUUUGAUGAUGAACCUAGCAAAAAAACAUUAAAAACGAAUGUCACAGUACCACAAGAUGGUUCACCAAGACCUUUCUAUUCUCUUCCAGGCUCAGUAGAAAUACAUACCACGGAUGAUGAAGUACUUGAAGUAGCCAGUGUGAAUAAACUCUAUAAAACUGUUGUCUUUGGUCUUCCUGUUGUAGAUGCUGGAAAACACUGGGGAAAUAUGGAUUCAUCCCCUAUUAAAUUCAGUAACUUCUAUUCUGAGUUAUUAAGCAUUCCUGAAGAAUGGAGAACUGCACCAUUAUCGGCUGCCAAAUUCCAUCAGAUGAAGCAGAAGUUUCCAGUAGAGUGGUAUCAUUUUUUACUUGGCCAGCUAAACCUUUUUCAUUUGAAAGAAAAUCCUUCAGAUUUACUCAAAGAUCUUUUUAAAGACACUGCUUUGAAGGAUUUGUAUGCCCAGAGUGCCUUAUCCUGUUAUAUUGCAAUGUUUGGAUUAGAUGAUACUAUUGUUUCUCCUGGUCAUAUUUUCAGAGCCUAUAAUGGAAGCCUUCCAUGGUCAGUCUGUUUGGAAUGGUUAAUAGGAAAACAAGAGUUGUAUCAAUUAACACUAAAAACGUUCAGAUAUACAGUGAAGCUUAUGGUUGAUAAAGCAAGCCUGGGUCCAGUUGAAGACUUUCAAGAGCUGCUAAACUAUCUUAAAGAAUAUGAAAAUGACUGGUACAUUGGGUUGGUGUCUGAAAAGGAAUGGCCACAAGCUGUUUUACAAGAAACGCCAUACCUUUUUUCUUUGGGGCAUGACCCAAAUAUGGGAGUUUAUACUGGCAGGAUACUCACGCUUCAGGAAUUUCGAGUACAAGUGGGAAAACUGAACGAGGAAGCUGUCAGAGGACAGUGGGGGAACCUCUCUUGGGAGCUGCUAUAUGCCACAAAUGAUGAUGAGGAACGCUAUAGCAUCCAAGCACAUCCCAUACUCCUGAGGAACCUGACCAUACAAGCAGCAGAUCCUCCCCUUGGCUAUCCUGUUUAUUCCUCCGAACCUCUUCAUCUGACUUUCUUGUAGUUCCCAGAAUGAGGCCACUUCAUUCCUUCACUGAAAAUUGGGUGGAAUGAGGGCACUUCUUUGGAGAGGGAUUUUGAGCACAUGCCUUUCAGUAUCAGGUGACAAUGGGAGAAGAAUGCAGGCAAUAAGAUAAUUAUGCAUUUUAAUGUUGUAUAUUGUAUACAUUUUUAUAUAAAAUCCCCCAAAUCAUUA